CCACCUUAUCCGCCCGCGGUGUAACUUCUCGUGGCUGCCUGCGUUGCGUACGUCUCGGCCAGCCAGCCAGCCAUGGAAGCCCUCGCCUCCUCCUCGCCCCGGCUGGCUCUCUUCUCCCGCACAGCAACGGCCGCAAACUGGGCCUCGUCGUCGUCGUUGGUCAGGCGGAGUCCUGCUGCCCGUGUCAAGGCCGCCGCAGAGCCGGCCGGCGAAGCGAAGCCGGCCGCCGCCGCCGCCGCGACAGCCGAUGGCGCGCCGGCGCCCAAGAAGAUCCUGAAGAAGAAGCCCGUCUACUCCAUGAAGAAAGGGCAGAUUGUGCGCGUGGAGAAAGAAAAGUACCUAAACAGCAUAAAUUACCUGUCAGUGGGCCAUCCCCCCUUCUACAAGGGGCUUGACUACAUUUACGAAGACCGUGGCGAGGUUCUGGACAUCAGAGUCUUUGAAACCGGAGAAUAUGCCCUGAUCGCGUGGGUAGGGAUUCCAACCCCUCCGGCUUGGCUACCGACUUACAUGCUCAUCAAGUCGGACAAGCUCGACUACGAGAGAAUGUGAUUGGUGGAUGAGAGUUUGCACAGAAUCAGGAAAGAUGAUUUAUUGUCCACAGAUUCAUUGUUGUGCCACGUUGCUCCAUGGAUUUAUACAAACCUGAGGAGUUGUAAGAAGAACCAAAAGUGAAAAUACAAAAGUUGUUCUAUUUGAAUACAUUUUUUCCCUUUUGUUUUUGA